AUUUUACCAAAUACUGGCUUUCAGCCUGACCGUACAGUCCAGGCUUCAAACUCGCACCGCACUCCCGUCAUAAAAAACCGAUAGCUCCAACAAACUCCGUUCUCCUCUUCCUCGGCAAAGCUCCGCUCACCUUCCUCGGACAAAAAUGCUGGCUCGCCUCGCCGCCAAACGUCUCCUAGAGAUCCGUCAGCUUUUCCGUCAGCCGUUGUCGUCGCGAUCCUUCUCUACCGCCCUCAACUACCACAUUGAUUCUCCGGAAAACAAGCCGGAACUUCCGUGGGAGUUCACUGAUGCAAACAAAGAGAAGGUUAGGGAAAUAUUGUCUCACUAUCCAUCAAACUACAAGCAAUCUGCUGUGAUUCCUCUGCUAGAUCUUGCACAGCAGCAGCAUGGAGGAUGGCUUACUGUUUCAUCCAUGAAUGCAGUAGCUAAGAUUAUAGAGGUUGCUCCUAUCCGUGUAUAUGAGGUUGCUACAUUUUAUUCGAUGUUCAAUCGAUCAAAGGUUGGCAAGUACCACCUGUUGGUUUGUGGCACAACACCCUGUAUGAUACGUGGUUCUCGAGAAAUUGAAGAUGCCUUACUGAAACACCUUGGAGUAAAACGCAAUGAAGUAACUAAAGAUGGUCUGUUCUCUGUUGGAGAAAUGGAAUGCAUGGGAUGUUGUGUGAAUGCUCCCAUGAUUACAGUGGCUGAUUACUCUAAUGGAUCUGAAGGAUAUACUUACAAUUACUAUGAAGAUGUUACUCCCAAACGAGUUGUUGAGAUAGUUGAAAUGUUAAGAAGUGGGAAAAAGCUACCGCCUGGUACACAAAAUCCACAGCGCAUUAAGUGUGGACCAGAAGGAGGGAAUACCACUUUGCUGAGUGAGCCCAAGCCACCUCCAUGCCGAGAUCUUGAUGCCUGCUAACUUUAUGGUAUUUGUUGUCUCCAAUAAUAUAAAGCUUGGAUAUUGUCAGGCUUCCAUUAGAUGAUCCUUAUCAAUUCUUAGAAUUCCCUGUGCCAGUAAGUAUCUGGUAAAUGUUAGUUCCCUACAACAUAUUUUCAAGUCAUAACAUGGUUUAUUUACUUUCUAAAGUGUAAAUGGAGAUUACCAAAUAUCUUCAUGGUUGAAUAAUUGCCAUAGUAAUUAAGCAGAGGACUCCCAUCUCACUUCUAAAAUGUUUGAGGAUGUCAUGACUUUUAUCACCUCAAGAAUGUAAACUUUUAUCUUUUUGGUGCAUUGGAUUUUCAGUUGAUUUAUGCAUUGAAUUAUACCA